GGCGCGCGCAGCCUUCGACCCUUUUUUCUUGGUGCACCGGAAAGAGGCGGUCCUCUUUCUUUGCCUAGCGCAGCCAUGGCUCGUGGUCCCAAGAAGCAUCUGAAGCGUGUAGCAGCUCCAAAGCAUUGGAUGCUGGAUAAACUGACUGGUGUGUUUGCUCCUCGGCCAUCUACGGGUCCCCACAAGCUGAGAGAAUGUCUCCCUCUCAUCAUUUUCUUAAGGAACAGACUUAAGUAUGCUCUAACAGGAGAUGAAGUAAAGAAGAUCUGCAUGCAGCGGUUUAUUAAGAUUGAUGGCAAGGUCCGAACCGAUAUAACCUACCCUGCUGGUUUUAUGGAUGUCAUCAGCAUUGACAAGACUGGAGAGAACUUCCGCCUGAUCUAUGACACUAAGGGCCGCUUUGCAGUUCAUCGUAUUACUCCUGAGGAGGCCAAGUACAAGUUGUGCAAAGUGAGGAAGAUCUUUGUGGGCACAAAAGGAAUCCCUCAUCUGGUAACCCAUGAUGCUCGCACCAUCCGCUACCCUGAUCCCCUCAUCAAGGUGAACGACACCAUUCAGAUUGAUUUGGAGACAGGCAAAAUUACUGAUUUCAUCAAGUUUGACACUGGUAACUUGUGCAUGGUGACCGGCGGUGCUAACCUGGGAAGAAUUGGCGUAAUCACCAACAGGGAGAGGCAUCCUGGUUCUUUUGACGUAGUUCAUGUGAAAGAUGCCAAUGGCAACAGUUUUGCCACCCGGCUCUCCAACAUUUUUGUAAUUGGCAAAGGCAACAAACCUUGGAUUUCCUUACCCCGUGGAAAGGGUAUCCGCCUCACCAUUGCUGAAGAGAGAGACAAGAGACUGGCGGCCAAACAGAGCAGUGGCUGAAAUGAGCUCUAGGUGACAUGAUUGGAAAAGUCUUUGUACUUAAUUAAAGAUAAUACAGCAUGA